AUGGCAAGUGGAAAAGUUGCAAAUGAAAUUCGUGAACCACACUCGAGUCUUACCAAACCAGACUCAUUGUUAACUAGGGUAAUUCCUCAUUUUAUUGAUUAUUGCAAUAUCGAUCAAUUCAAAGAAACACCUGGAAUGAAGUUGGAAGGCGUUACCAUCUUUGGAUACGAUCAAAGGCGUAAAUUUACUAAAAGCACCUGGUUAAAUUCCGAAGAUAGAAACGAAAGUGAAGACAAAUUUCUUGGAGCUUUAGAGAAAUCGGACAAGCAGAAAGUCACGGAUAAUAAAUCAUUAAGACUUGAGAUGCAAAAAUUAUCGGGUGACAACAAAGUCAAUCUUCAAAUACAAUAUGACGGAGUAUCCUAUGCUCUCGUUACUUUACCAACUGGUUAUAAAUUUGGUAAAGCAAAACUGAAAGAGCUAUUAAAAGAAAGUUUUAAGCAACAAAUUAAAAUUGAAAUUGGAAUCGACUAG